AUGCGUCACCGGGGAGUUCUCUUCUCCGGUGGGUACUCCCCUCGUGCUCGCCACUGUCUUCUCCUCCUCGCAGACUCCCUCAAGAGGGGUCGUUCUCCUCCUCUGGGCAUCUUUCAGACGCUGGUUUCGGAGCUCUGCAAGAGCAAGAAGCUCCCCGAGGCGUGGAAGCUGCUCGAGAGAAUGAGCGACCUCAAGGGUUGGCCCUCGCAGGGGACCAUCGCCUACAAUAUCUUCCUCAAUGGGCUCUGCAGAAGCGGGGAGACUCGCAUGGCGAUGGAGGUCCUGGGGAAGAUGGUGAGGCUUGGAGGCGGCUGCUCGCCGGACGUGGUCACCUUCACCACCAUCGUCGCCGCCGUCUGCGGCGAGGGCCGGGUGGCGGAUUCCCUGGCGUUGAUGGAGAGGAUGGAGGCUAUUGGCGUCUCCCCUGAUGUGGUCACCUACAGCGUAAUCGUGAGAGGACUUUGCUCCGCAGGGAACUCCGCCAUGGCAUUGAAGCUGCUCAGGGAAAUGGUAGCAGGGGGGAAGAACCAGUGCAAGCCCAAUGUGAUCACUUACAGCACGGUAAUCGACGCUCUCUGCGAAGCGGGUUCUGUGGAUGAUGCUCUGAACUUGAUGGUGGAGAUGAGGGAUGAAGGGGUUCAUCCGAAUGUCGUCACCUACAACAGCCUGAUUAAGGGUCUCUGCAAGUUUGGGAGGAUCACGGCGGCUCUUGAGGUGGUGAGCGAGAUGAAGAUGGAGGGCAGCUGCUGCAAGCCGAAUGUCGUCACCUACAACACUCUGAUCAACUUUUUCUGUGGAGAAGGGAAAGUUGACAUUGCCGUGAGGCUGUUUGGUGAAAUGGGUGAGAGAGGGAUCUCGCCAAAUGUUGUCACCUACAGCACCAUGAUUAAGGGGUUCUACAAGGCGGGGAAGGCCAGCAAGGUCCUGGUGUUGCUGAGGGGAAUGGAGAGGAAAGGCGACCUUUUGAAACCUAAUUUGGUCACAUACAGCACAAUAAUCAAUGGGUUCUGUGAUGGUAGCCAUGUGGACGGGGCUAUAGGUAUAUUAGGGGAAAUGGAGACUGGGGAGAUCUCUCCAAAUGCUAUUACUUACAGCUGCAUCAUCAAGGGUUUGUGCAAAGUGGGCAACGUCAGAAUGGCACUUGCAUUGCUCGGAGAGAUGAUGAUGAUGGAGGAUAAGCUCUGCAAGCCCGAUGUGGUCACAUAUAGCACGAUAAUAGAUAAACUCUGUGAGCAGGGAUUUGUGAAUUGUGCUCUCAGGUUGAUCGGGGAAAUGAAGGCAAGGAGCAUAUACCCUGACGUAGUCACCUAUAACUCUCUUAUUAAAGGGUUCUGUAAGAUUGGAAAGAUUACCGUGGCUGUCAGGUUGCUCAGGGAGAUGGCAGGAGAAGGGUGCCCGCCCAAUGUUAUUACAUAUACUACUAUAACAGGGAAACUUUGCCAAGAUGGGCUUUUUCACGACUGCAUGGGGUUGAUCGAAGAGAUGCUCGACAGAGGGAUUGCUCCAGAUUUUGUCACAAUGCAGGUUAUUCUUAAGGCUAUUUCGAGCAUGGGGGUUCAUUGA